CCGAAAAACAAAAUCGAAAGUACUUUCGUUUUGGCGACGCCACUUAAAAUUUGUUGAUAUUUUAUUAAUUAGUUUUUUUAACGUCUAAGCGGUGGUAGCACAACAAAAUGAACCCUUAUUACGAGGACACUCGAGGUCGAGACAUGAAGGAAGGAGAUGUGAUGGACAUUACCCAGGAGGGUAAAGGAGGGGUUAUGAAGAAACUAGUGAAAGCAGGAUUCAAAGAUGAGAGUUUUCCAAGCUUCGGGGAUCGAGUGACAUUCACUUACGAUGCUUACAUCGGAACAGAGAUAAACCAGGACCAAAAGUUUGAUUCUACAGCGGAUGAGGGGAAGAUGUUCAGUUAUGAAUCAUUAAAAGGAAAAAUUAUAAGGGGCCUUGAAAUGGGAGUGCUGACUAUGGAAAAAGGGGAACAUGCUAUAUUUACAAUUCAACCAGAAUACGCCUUUGGUGAGGCUGGGAUACCAGGAAAGCCAGGAAAAGCAGUUGUCACAUUUGACACCAAAGUCAUUGAUAUUGAAUGUCCUGAUUUUUCUAAUGAGCAGGACAAAUCCAUAGUGAAGAAGAUUAUUACGCAUGGUGUUGGAUUCAAUCAAGCCAACUUUGGAUGUAAGGUGACAAUUGACAUAAAGUGUGAAUGUAAUGGCCACGUCUAUUAUGACUGGGAAAAGAAGACAUUUCUACUUGGUGAGGGCACAGCAAAGGGAACAGAUGUACCUAAAGUUGUUGAGGAAUAUCUGGACACAUGGAAGCCAAAAGAGAAGUCUCAUUUGAAGGUGAAAUCAAAGCAUGCAUAUGGGGAAGCAGGUUGGCCAGAACAAAACAUUCCCCCAAAUCAGGAUCUGGAUUUUGUUGUGACCAUGGGCGAUUUUGAGCGUGUACUUGAGUGGUGGGAAAGUACAUUUGAGCAAAAACUGAACAGAUGUGAUGAAUUCAGGACCAAAGGAAAUAAUUACUUUAAAAAAAAGGAGUAUGCUCUUGCAACUCGGUUUUAUGAGGAGCUGAUAGAACUUGCAGAAAAUGAGAUGUGCAUGACAGGAAAGGAUGAAGAAAGGCGUGUUAAGUUCCUCACAUGUGGGCAUCUCAAUCUAGCUUACGUUUACUUAAAGCAACCAGAGUUGUGCAAAAGUGAUGAAGUGAUAAAAUGUUGUGAAGAAGCCCUGAAACUCGACCCAAAAAAUCCCAAAGCAUUCUACAGAAGAGGAAUGGCGAAGUACGAGCGCAAUCCAGAAGAUGCUGAAAAAGACUUCAGAAGAGUGCUUAAACUGAAGCCAAAAAACAAGGAUGCAGAGCAAAUGAUUCAGAAAUGUCAAGAAGGCAAAAAAGAUGCUAAAAGAAGUGAGAAAACCCUGUAUACACGAAUGGCUGGUGGUGUAAAAGCAAAUGGGGACAGUGACAAGCAAUCAAGAUAAUCUUUUUGUUAUAUGUGUUGGUCUUUAUUGGUGUUGUUUCCUAAGAACAUGAUUCUGAAAUAUUAUUAUUAUUAUUAUACCGGAUUUUUAUAGCUUUAUUAUAUUACCUUUUGAGUCCAGUGAUCAAUGAAUAAUGUUGGCUUUGUAAAGGUUUCUUUUUGUCUGAUCUGAUGUAUUAUAUUACAUUACAUUAAUACAUAUCACAUCAUGUUUUCUGAGAUAUAUGAAGUAUAAUUUUUUACCAUUAUUUACUUUUUAACAUUGAAGAUUUAUAUAUUAAAAUGAUUUAUUACUGAAUAUAUUGAAUAUAUAAUGGCAUACAUGUUUUCUCUUUCCAAACAGUAUCACUGCACUGUUUCUUGUGCCUUGGGAUCAUAACAUAUAGUUCCAUGAAUGCUACGUUCCGAAAUGAAAGUUAACAUGUACCCGUAUAAAACUUAUUUGUGAGGCAUUUUUGAGUUGUGUUAUUUUUGGUCUUUUUAAAUAGCCAUCAUUUAUUGCUUAUUUAUUAGUGGCAUUUUGAUGUUCUACUUUUUGUGUCAUAUUAGACAUAACAAUAUUCAUAGACUAAUAACAUUUGGGUAUCAUGUGUUUGUAUUCCUGGUUGCAUUCUUUCUAUAUAUGGGUACAAUGUUUUUAGAAUAUUGUUGCUGUCUAUUUCUUAUUGCCUUCAUUAUACAUUAAAUAUUAAAUCAG